AUGAGUAAACCGACUGGCGCACCAAUUGCUAUUCUUGUCCUCAGCCUGUUGGCACUGAGUUCCGCGGAACCAAUCUCCCGGAGAUUCCCGGUGCGCCAGGUGGAGGGUAUACCCAGUCCUUCGCCCACUGGAUAUCCGGAGGCUGGCAUCACUCCGAGUGUCCCCUUCGAUUUGCCCAGUUCGACAAUCAAGCCGGAGAACUCUUAUCUGCCACCUGAUAACACCUAUGGACCUCCGGACAACACAUAUGGGCCACCAGAUAACACUUACGGACCUCCAGAGGCCGACUCCGUGCCGGUUAUUGCUCCCGAGGCUGAUGCGCAGCCAGAGAAUCCCAUCGAGACUGAUGAUAUUCCAGAAACUGACGAAGCAUCGGUGGAUGGUGCCAAGCUGCAGCCCGCUGAUGAGGACGCCGAGGAGGAUGAACCACAGUUGGAAGUCACUGAGGAUGGCACUGUGAUCGUUGUAGCCAGCAGUCUUGACCAGCCUCAGCCCGUUCAGUCCGCACGACUCUACCAACGAUUUCCUCAAGGACGGCGUUUUCAGAAGCCCGUUCCUCAGCGUCUAAUCCUGCGUCGCAGUUGGUAGGCUCAACAACUUUGGCGUAAGAUUUACUGCAUCAGACUUUAUCAAUCACUUAAUAACCACUGCAUCAAAAACUUUGAUGUUAGAUCUUUUUUUGUGAUAUCAUUCGGGCACCGUACACCAAAAAAUGUAUUCAC